GAACCGCAUCCUCUCAAAAGCUUCCGGGAAGCUGCGGAGCACGUAGCUCAGAAGAUGCUGUGCCUGACAGCGAAUCCUCGAACGACACUCCUGGGACUUGGAGUUCUUGUUUAAUUAAGGGAGGAAAUUCUUUCUUAAAAUGCAAGAAAGUCGUGCAGUCACUACACACCAGUAGAUCUUUACAAAAUUUGCUUCAUUUAUUAUAGGAUUUGUUUCACUGCAGGCUCAGUCACCAGGGUGCAAAUAGAACUGUGCAGCUGAGGACUGGUGCUCCUGUAAUAUUGUCUUCUUGUUUGAAGAAAGAAGAUUCCCUGCUGCAACGGCUUUCUCUGGGAUUAUCAGGUCACUGGUGAAUGUCAGUGCUCCGUCACUUUCCCUCUCUUGGUCUUUGAUCCAGGGCCAUCUCCCCACGCUGCUCCUAUUUCUUUUUCAUUUCAUCCGCAACUGACGUUUAGGUUUUUGUGGUAUUAAGUAUUAACCUUCGGGACAUCCUCUUUUUUUCCCCCUGGAAUAUACUCAAGCCAAAACUUUAACCCGACCUGUCGGCACGAUGUGGUGAGGAGGAAGAGAGAGAGGAACAGAGGGGAUUGAAGGGCAGAUGGCUUCGCUGCCCCAAAACACCAACAGCUGUAUGAAUAAAACAUUUGAAUAGAGAGAGUCGUGACAUCUGGGUGAGGAGGGAGUUAGACACCCUCCUAAUACCCUCUCUCUUUCUUUUUCCCUAUUCCGUCCUCUCCCCUCACUAGCAUUCAUAUCCUCGACAUCCCUACAUACCUCCCCUCCUCCCUCUAUCUUUCACUCUCUCUUGUCUCUUUCCCCCUGUGAACUUAAGAGUUCAGGUGGUCACUCAAACAAACAGAAACAAGCUUGUGCUUCCACUUGUUUCAUCUUCUCUCGCUGAGUUUAGUUACGCCUCUGUGUGUCCCCUCUCUCACUCGACCCGUCCCUCCUGCACCACCUCCUCCCCCUCCUCCACCUCCUCCGGCACGCUGUGUGAUGGUGCGUCCCCUCCUCUCGGCCCUGGAGACAUGCCCGUGCAGGAGAUGGCGGUGAGUCCUGUCAAGUCCCUGUACUGGGAGCAGUUCCCCCCCAUGUCACAGCGCCGCGUCUACUGCACCCCCGUCUACCACGAAGGCCUGCUCUACGUGCUGGGGGGCUGCAACGAGACCGGCAUGCCCCUGGACAGCGUCGAAGUCUUGGAUGUAGAAAGCCAGGCAUGGAGCCAGUUGCCCCCGCUGCCCACUGCACGGGCGGGCGCCGCGGCUGUGGCACUGGGGGGCCAGGUGAUGGUGCUUGGAGGCAUGAACCAGCAGCAGACUCCGCUGGCCUCCGUGGAAAUGUACCACCCUGAUGAGGGCAAGUGGGAGACGAGGACCAGCCUGGGUCAGCCAUCUAUGGGCAUCACCACAGUGGAGAAAGAUGGGAAGGUGUAUGCGUUGGGGGGUAUGGGCGCAGACACCACACCGCAGGCCCUGGUGAGGGUUUAUGAGGCAGAGAAGGACCAAUGGCUGCCGAUGACCUCCAUGCCCACGCCGCGGUACGGAGCCACACCCUUCGUAACAGGAAACAAAAUCUACAUGUUAGGUGGACGUCAGGGAAAGAUGCCGGUGACGGCGUUGGAGGCUUUUGACCUGGAGAUGAAGAGCUGGACACGCUACCCCUGCAUCCCGAGCAGGAGAGCCUUCUCCUGCUGCACCACCAAUGAGCGGAGCCUCUUCAGCCUGGGGGGUCUCCAACAACCGGGGCCACACAACUUCUACUCCAGACCUCACUUUGUCAGCACCAUGGAGGAGUAUGACCUGGAUCAAGGCAUCUGGAUCAAACCCAGCCGAAUGUCCAGGAUGAGGGAGAAGCGGGCUGACUUUGUGGCAGGUUGCCUGGGAGGACGGGUCAUCGCAGCAGGUGGUCUAGGUAAUGAGCCUACGCCGUUGGGCACAGUGGAGAGCUACAACCCCGUGAAGCGGCGCUGGGAGUAUGUGGCGCCCAUGCCCACUGCACGCUCCUCCUCUGCACUCCUGCAGACAACCAGCAUGCUCUUUGUCAUUGGUGGCGUCGCACAGGGACCCAGUAAUGCUGUGGAAGCCCUCUGCUUACAGGAAACAGUGUGACACAUGCACACACUCAAACACACACAGGAAAUAAAGCAAAGCAGCAUUGAUAUUUUAGUCAUGUAUGUGCAGAAACACAGGAAUUGGAUCCACAGAUCACACUUUGAGAUACUUUUCUAUCUUAAUGUCCCACUCAUGGAUUCCUCUUCUGAACUGGGAUAUACUUGUCACCUUCAGCAAGCAUUUCUUAAAUGGGAUCUGCAGAGACAGUUUGUGACAGAGAUGGACGAAUACAGGAUUAAGGACAGUCAAUCUGACUGCUGUGACUGGCAAGAACAGAAAAGUGACGGCUUUUCUACUCGGGGGAAAUCAGAGGAAGACAAAACAUGAGCAAAAAAACGACAGACACACGCUGUGUCUGAAGAAACAACACGCCUUUGAACUGUUGAGCAUUUUUCAGAAUAAAAGCAGGGUACUUUGCUGGAUAAUAAAGGAACAUAGGGCCAUAUCUGUCUUUCCUCUUUGCAGCAGCGUCGCUCUCACCUGCUGCUGCAACAGCAAGCUUCAACACUUUUCUACGACCAGUGGCGUUCUGGGAAUGUAAAUGUCUGUUUUAGUUCUUCUCCUUUGGUUUCAGUGUUGUAUACAUUACGUGUGAUAUUUAGCACUGCUAGCCACCGUUACCACGGUGUCAACAAGAGUGGCCCUUGAUAUGCGUUCACUCCGCAAGCGGCUCAAAUUAGGAACGACCAGUGAAACGCCGGCUGACGUUGACCACAGUCACUGUGUUUCCUUCAUGUGUAGUUGGUGAAGAGUUGACUGUGGUUGAACUUGUCGGCAUCUCGCUUUGCUACCCAUAUACCCGCCUCUGCUACGACAUGAGCACAGCAGCAGUAGAUCAGCAAACUCAAAUGGUUCCUCACACUGCAGAAUGGAGAUUUAGGAGCUCAUGGAGUGAAUGCAGAGGUAGUCAAACAGCACCUGCUGCACUGAAGCAUCCUGAAAGAUAAAUAAUAAUCGAAACAUCAGCCACCUGACAUUAUAUUCCCCUCAAGCUUUAUGAUUGAUGGCAGUACAAUGUUUCUUUUAGCUCAAACUCAGCAGCCAGAUGAUGGAUGAAAAGAGGAAGUGCAUUUGAUGAUAACUGUGCAACAUUUUGCAGCAAUGAAGGCACUUGUGCAUAGUUGGAGCAUCCUGAGGUCCAGGUAACGACUCCUGUGUCAGAUGCCUGUCCAUAACUGGUCCUAGGCUUCAUCAUUUUUUUAAUUGUCGUACAAAAUGGACAAAAUCAUACAGUACAGAUUAGUGUUUUAUUGUUAUGAUCUUGGUUACGUUGAUUCAGUGUUUCCCUUUGGGUUUCCGAUGGGCUUUCCCUGAUCAAGUUGUGAAUGCACAAAAAACAGAUUGAAGUCAGAUCAGUCAGACCUCAUUCAGUGGUGGUCUGUGAUCCAUACGGCCACAUAAUCUCAGCAGUUUGAAUGGAAAUGUGUUUGGGGCAUAUUGACGGAGCAUUUGAUUCUCAAAAGACGUGUGUGUAAGAGUUGGGGAUAAACAAUGAUGGAGGGAGCUGCUGUGCAGAACUACCUGUGACAGAUCCAGUGACCUGUAGACAGCAGACCAGGCCACACAGGAAACACAAAGGAUGAGCUGCUGCAGUGUUUACUUUUGGCUGGUAGCAUGUAGCCUCUUUUGAGCUGUGUCUCAAUUCAGCUGCCACAUCCUGCGGAGGACCCGGUCUACACAGCCGAACCGAAACGAGACGUACUGGUCUUCCUAGUGUAUUACCAGCUCCCCCCGCCGUCACGGCCAUCGCCUAGCAACAAAGCUAUGGACGAAAACUGUUUUUUUAGCUGUUCGGUUGAAUACUUACAUUUAAGAAUACAUUUUCCUGAUCUUUUCGCCUCGCUUUUUGCCGCCAUUUCCUCUUUGAAAAACAGUUGAACUGAAUGAUAAUGAAUCAUGGGAUAUGUUGGUCCGUGAAGUAACCAACCGGUGGAGCCUCUGUUGCUCUUGGGGUGGAAAGACACAUUUGUCGGCUGCAUUUGAAGGAGACUUCGAAUUGGGACAGUUUUGCGCUGAUGUGACACAAUCAGUCUACGAAUGCAGCCGACUAAGGAUGCGGCCCCUAAAUUGAGACACAGCUUUGGUCUGUUCUGCUGUGGACUGUUCCUGCCACAUAUGAAGCAUUUUUUAAAAAUCCAUGUGAUGAACCAGUCAUCUUCUUCUCCAUUCAGAAAUGAUGUACUGGAACAAUCAAUCAUUACAGCUGAAGCAGAUGCACUAGGUGGAACUGUCACAGUGGAAUUAGCAUUAGUCUGAGAUUAAUGUGUCACCUAAUACCCCUAUGCCAUGAUGAUUUGAUGGUAAGUGUAUUUGAUGAUUAGGUGAUUGAAGACAAAGUGUACUACAGAAUGAUAAAUUGAUGUGAGAGCCACAGUUAGGUAGAUCAUUUAAUUAUCUAACGUAGAUAAUUAAAGAGAGGUCAGAUCACGCGAUAUGAUUGGCUGGUCCCAGGAUAAUACUGUCUACACGUCUCCAUCUUUUAAUUUAAAAGAGGGGGGGGGGGAUAAAAAGGCUGUAGAGUUAAUGAUACAAAGUAAGCAUUGUUUAUUACAUAGGAAAGCAUGCACAUACGCACACACACACACAAAUCCUUUUCCCUGUCUUGCCCCAGCUUUUGUGCUUUUUUUGGUCUGCAUCCUGGCACACCUUGUUAGCAGAGUCAGAUAAGAGCUCGGAUGAGAUGCCAGCUGACAGUUGGUUAUUUCUGGGGCUGCAUUGUGUGCACCUAAUUGAGUGUGUUUGGUGGAAGCCUCACAGCCUUCACAUACUGUAUGUACACACAAACACAGACACAUAUACACGUGCGCACUACAGCCUGUAUGCUUAGUCAAGCACUGACUUUCAACCCGAAACACUCAUACUCAGAUACUGCAUGCUCGCCUGACACGGACACAUAAUGCAUUCUCUACUCCCUAACUUUAAUCAUCACAGCAAAAUGACUCUCAUCCAAUUUUAACCCUAAAAUCAAGUCGUAAGCCUCAAACAGGCCAAAAUAUCCUCAUUCCAUAAGGUCUGUGCUCAAAAUGGUCCUCGCAAAGAUGUAAGUACACAUACACAUACACACACACACACACACACAGUUCUAUUGGCACCAACCUCAAAAGCUUGGAGAGAAUACACAGAUCACUUUGUCGCUAAAUAGCUCUGCUGGUAGGGGACUGUGGCCCUCCAUCCAACACUGAUUAACCGACUUGAUGCAGCUUCAAUUUGUGUGCGUGCGAGAAUGUGUGUGUGUGUGUGUAUGUACCCUUGCAUGUGUGCUUUUGUCAUGGAGGAAUUUGGAGAAGGAAAUAAGUUUUGGCAACAAAACACCUAUUUCUAUUGUCAUAUAACUUGCUCAAAUACACCCAAAAGAUUGAAAAUAUUUAAAUACACAAAACAAUAAUUGGCCUUGUUUACACUUCUGUGUUGCACUAUCCACCACCAUCUCUUUAAGAAUCUAUUUAACUCUUUAACUUCUAAAUUCACUAGCUGGUCUCUUGCUUUGUCUCAUCAGAGCUUUUAUACUUCCCCCUUUUUAUAUCAGUUUAUGGUAUCCAACUGUAAACAGCGUGGACCCAACAACCAAAACAAUGAGCUACAUGAGCCUUAAAGGCUGCAGCUGGAGAUUUUGUUGUCUUUAACAACAUUCAUAUGACACAUAUAGUCAUUUAAUGAAAUAUUAAUUAAAAAAAUUCUCAUAAGUGCAAUGUCACUACAUCCAUCAUUUCCUGUGUGUGCGAUCACAGUUGUGUACUUCUGACUGCAUGUGUGUGUUUGUGCACAUUUCUGAAACAGAGACAGGCUCGCCGUCUGUUAGAGUGUGUUUUCCCCAAUCAGCUGUAUCUGACACACUGCAGUCCCGAAGGAAUUCUGGGACUUUUCCAGUGCUAUAGCUCUCUGUUUGGGGAAUCUGAUUUCUUUAGUUGUAUUGAAAAAAAAGAAACUUUCUCCGAGACUCCCUCUCUGCCCCUUUCAGUGUCAGAUUGUUUUACGGUGAAGACGCAUCUGGAAUGUGUUUUUCUGGCUCCUGAUAUGACGAACGUGUCGAGCUGUUUACUCACCGGACUGAAAUCCUUCUGCUGCUCCUGACGGCAGGUUGAGAAACACAGAACAGAAGAGCAGGAUGCUUCAGUGCAGCUAGCAGCUAAUUUCAUGCUGUACUUUUUUAUCAGGCCCUGAGCAGAUGAUGCACAAGCAUUUGUAAAUGUGUUCUUACAGGACGGGUUGAAAACCUACAUGUAUGGUGCUCCUGCUUCCUAUGACAAGAGCAUUCAUUCAGUUUUAUGGGUUUCUGGGUGAGAUUUGAACGAUCUAAAGAAUCUGAGGCACAGGUCAAUGCAAUAAGAGCCCUAAAAUGAUUCCACAGGUUUUUAAUAAAGCAAUGUUGAAAAAUGGAAACAAAUGCACAAGCAUAACACCUUCUUUUCAGGCACGUUUCAUCAUCUGGAGAAAACAAACUUUCUUUCAUUGCCCCCAAAAAGUUGCCUUGUGUAUCAUUACCUCUCGAAACAUCUGUUGACACAGUAUAUGCUGUACCCUCUUGUCCAAGAAACAUUCAGGGCCCUGUUUCAGUGUAGGCACACCGCUUGAUUCACAAAAACAAGGUCCACAGACUCAGGUUCUGACAAAACAACGGGGGUGCGUUCAGCAAAGCCGGGGGUGGCAGAAGCUGAUUUUACACAGUUUUCACUUUUGUGCGUCCUUUGUAGAACUGUCUCUUUUUUUUUUUUUUUACAAUGAAAAGGCUCUCUGUUUUUUUUUUUUCUUCUUUCUUUUUAUGAUUUUUGUGCAGGAAAAAAAUCAACACAGUUUCCUGGGCAACGAGGAACAGUGUCAAAACCUGCUGGUAGCAUACAUGUGUUCCUCUUACACUAACAUACCCACACGAUCUUGUUGUGUUUUGUUUCAUAUUUGGCCCUGAAAAGACAAAUCAAGAUGGAUAUAAUGGUUGUUUUUUGUUGUUGUUAAUUGUUCAUUGUUGUUCAUAUUUUUUCCCUCCGGAUGUUUGUGCUGUGGAUUGAGGUUGUGAGGUGACAGAUGUGCCGUGGUGUUGUGCAGAUCGGAGCUGGGUUCCUCAAAGUGGUUGUCACUAGUUGUGUGUUCUUGCAAAGCUUUGCUGAAAUAUUAUUUUUCGAUAGGAAUAUAUACAUAGAUCUGUUUAUUUUUACCAUGCUGGUCUUGUACAGUACGUAAUCAUGCUAGCUGACGUACGGUUCUUAGGGAGAAAUGUCUACAAAAGGAUGAAAGGAAGGUGAACAAAGAUAUAUUUGCCACCAACAUAUUUUAUUAGCAUUUGAGUAUAUCAGUGGAUUUUUUAUUCUCUGGGUUUUCAGACACCGAACAGCAGAAAAUUAAUUUAAUUUUAAAAAUAUAUAUGAGGGGGCUUUGAACCGACAUGCUUCAAACAGCCGCCAUCUCCAAAUCCCCGGCAGCUGGAGAACCACUGGUCUUCAAAGCCGUCCAUCAUUUUCAGAGCUGAGUAUUAAACUAUUUGUACAGACAUGUCUCUGCUUCUGAUCUCUCUGGGUGAACUGUGCUGCCUCCCUGCAGUGACUGACUUGGUAAAACCUCCGUGGUCUCAGUGGAUCAGUAUUGCCGUGUGCUCUGUACUGUAUGUGCAAAUGUAAUUUGGGAGGUUUACUGAACCGAAUCUAAUGUUCUGAAGGUGUUAAGAAAGAAAAAGUUAAACAAAGAGAGAGGAGGACUGUUGUGUUUGGGGAGGUGCGAGUCAACGUGUGUGAAAUUCUAAAAAGUUAAAUAUAUCCUUAUUUAUGUUAUAAAACUUUUCACUUUGUAUUUUAUCCCUGUAAUGACUGUGAAAACAUAAAGUGGUUUAACUUCUGCCACUUCAAACAGCUCACUCAGCAGUAAAUCAAGCCCCUGCAGCACUGACCUAAUGCCUCAUCUUACCACAAACAAUGAAACGAUAUAUAUAUAUCCAACUAUGAAAAAUCCUAAUUAAUAAAUAUAACCUAAAUAUUAGUACUUUAUAAAGUAAAGCUGUUUUCAGACAUGAGCAACGCAGCAGGAGAUUCUCCAGUCACAACAUUACAGAAAUCUCUAUUCAGAUGAGGGGGGGCCCAGCAGACAGGGGCAGGACGUAGCCAAUCAAUGCCCCUGCGCAGAUCACAUGUUUUUGUUUACAGUACCUUGGCUGUUACCACCAAAAGCUAUCUUGACAUCUUUGUCUGUGUCUUCUACAUGUGUGGCUCCUCUUUUUUAUCCUGAGAUAUUUGUAUUACUUUUGUUUUUUUCAGUUUUUGGGUACGUCGUUUGUUAGAAACGUCAUCAUCGUGCCCUCUAGUUUGCAGAUCUGCUGGUUUCUCACAUAGGUUCACUCAGACAUUAUCCAGAGUUUGACUGGAGAAAAUCCAGACAAUGUCCAGAGCCUCUCACUCUGACAUUUGCGUUCUCACUUACAGCCCCUCUGGAGAAUGUCAGGAGAUUAUCUGGAGUUCAGGGCAUGUCUAAAAGCAGUUCAUAACCCAAAAUAGGACAACAGCCCUGAUAAUCCCCUGAUUUUAUCCAGACUUGAGUGCAUGUCUGAUAGCAGCUCAUUAUCCUGUCUAUUGCAAUUAGACCAUAUUAACUGAUGCAAACAAAAUUCAGUUUCACUUAAAUCCAGAUGACAUUUUUAAUUGCUGCAAUGCAACAUUGUUAGAAAGCUAAUUUGAAUGUUUAAAGGUGCACGAGAUCUAUUUUACACACGACAAUCAAUCAAUCCAGUGAAGACAGUUGGACAGCGAUAUAAUAGUUCAUAUCAAAAGUCCUGUGUUUCAAACUGGGGGCAUGGACUACUAUCAAGCAAGGAGGAUCUAAAGAAACACAACGCUGAGGGUUUUUAACUCAACCAAUUUUAGGGAUUAAAAAUUAGGAGAGACUCCUUUUCAAAUUUGUGUCUCGCGAGAGCCCUAAUUCUGUAGAAAAUCUGAACACAAAAAUCCACUCACUUUCAUUACACUGAAAUGUUAAUAAACAUCAAAUAAACAAUUUCGGUAAAUUUGUGUUUCUAAAAUAUACAUUUACAGUCACACGUUUCUGUGUAACUUCAGUGUACAGUCAAUUCAACUUUAUAUAUAAUUACUUUUUCCUUACAGCUGAGACAGAGAAUUGAGAAACAGUGUGGACAGCAUCUGGUAAAAGACUGAUAACACUCUCAUGUCUCUAUAUGGAGCCAGAGCCUUACUCAGUGUGUGCUGUUACUAUUUUUUGACCUUUUGUCUGUUUAUCCACCCGAUACGUCGGCACUGUGUUUUAGCUGUUGCCUGGCAACCCCAAUAUUAAACAGGGCUUCAGGAAGUCACUGCAGCUGCCUGAUGUUUGCUGAGAAAUAAUUAAUUCCCCCAUCAAAGCCACAAGUUAGCAGUUUCCCUUUGUCUAGCCAUGAGAGCGUGUCAAUCAAAGCACAUUUCCCAAAAGGUCAAAUUAUCCCAUUAAUCAGCUCAGAUUUUGACAGGGGUCAUAGUGGACUGAUCUAUAACAUAAAUUAGGACAUACGCAGGCAAAAGUCAAGGCAAGCUAGAAACCAUGGAACGAGCUUCAAUACAUUUCUCUUCAGCAUCACUCAGCAGCAAACCCAUUGUGCUGUUGAUGGAGCUGAUGUGAGGAUCCCACUCUGCGCCACAGAUGUACAAAGUUAUUAUAACCUAAUUUAUGCUGCUUGAUAAUCCCUCUAGAAACAAACAAGAUUAGACUGCUGCGACGAGGGUUCCUUUUUAUACUCUCACAGACAGAGGGAAACAAGAGGGGAUAUGCUGCUAUGACUUUUGAUAUUAUGAACUAUAUCAUAAUGAUAAUAGUCAUCAUAGUAAUACAAAGGGUUGGGGUUAUUGUUGUCAAGGUAAUAGGUUCAUGACCCUGCAGUGUUGUGUUAACGUGUUGGAUGGAAGACGAGGAGUAGAAAAAUGUAUUGAAGAAUCCGGGAGACUGGGUUAGAUGAGUAGGAUGUUGUAAUGUCCACAUGGAAAGGCUGACUCCCAUCACUGAAGCCUGCCAGUCACACUGGGACACUUUCACAAUCAUGACAAAGGUUAAUGUUGGUUUAAAAGUUUUCGGUCAGAGUCGGUUCCAUUAACAGCCAAAUCUCUUGGUUAAUAACGUCCUGACGAGAGAUGGCGGAGAGCUUCUUUUUUAUUCUUAUUAAUAAAAAUAUAAAAGAGUGAGUCUUCAUAGAAGAUCCACAUCAGCUCUCUUGAUUUAGCAGAUGUAGGUCGCAUUGAUGACAGCGUUGUGCCGGUGGUGUGGUUGGCAGGCUUUGGUCCUCAGACCGAGUGGUGGCUGUGACUCCAGUGCAGUAGUUCAGUGCCUAUACUAAAUGUGAGGUAGUGCCUCGACUAUGAAUCCUGUUCUAUAAUAAACUAUUUUGACUUGCUGUCUGA